GCAGUUAUAAAACAGGAUGCUCAAGAUCCCCAUCUGCUAUCCCAACUUAACCGAAUCGGUCCAGUCACUGUCAAUCCCCAAAAUAUGCCGUUCCAGACAGCGCAAUCUGCACGCAUAGCCAAGAUCUUUCAAACCCGACAAGCUACAGAAGAGGCUUCUGAAGUGCCGCAACGAAAUCGGUUACCUGUGCAAGCUGUAACAGAUAUGCUAAACGAAAGAAAAUCUGCCAAGACACAAGCAGAUUUAGCGAAUCUCGCAAAGGACUACAGCGUUGACGUGGAGGUGCUUAACCGCCUGGCAGAGCGCUUCAAUUCUCCCACUGUC